AUGGAUGAUGAUGGUGGAGAAUAUUUCUUCCAAGCUUUGGAGGCAAUGCUUUCUCAGAAAGGAGUCUGUUUGGCCUUCAGAGAAACAGUUCCCAAAAAUAUGCGCUUGCACAACAUAGCUGAUGUUAUUGAGGGCAUGAUGAGCAACAUUCCAAUUGUGAUGGAAAGCAAAGUGAAUGUGUUUGUUGUGUAUGGAGGAACUUCAGCCAUUACAUGGUUGGCAACCAUUAUAUGGGUAACAACCCUGGUGAUUCCUAUGACAGACUUCAGCUAUCAGGGAAAGAUCUCUGCAGGGAAGGUGUGGGUUACGACAGCCCAGAUUGAUUUCACAUUCAACCAAUUUCAAAAGGACUGGGACAUUCAAAUGUUCCAUGGUUCCAUUUCCUUCACGCCUCACUCAAAUGGACCUCCUGGCUUUCAAAACUCCCUUCACCUUAUAGAACAAACUGGUGCAAUGGGAAAUGGUUUUUUCAAAGAUUUCUGGGAGCAAGCAUUUGACUGUUCGUUAGUUUCAAACUCUUUGGUGCCAGCAGACGGCAAAGACAGAUGUACCAGGGAAGAGAGGUUGGAAAGUCUUCCUGGUCCUUUUUUUGAAACGAGCAUGACCAGUCAUAGCUACAGCAUUUAUACGGCUGUCUACGCUGUAGCACAUGUGUUGCAUACUGUGUACUCAUCUCGAUCCAACCACAGAGCACUGAAAGGAGGAGGCCGAAUGGAGCCUAUGAAUGUAGAACCCUGGCAGCUCCACUCCUUUCUUCGGAGGAUCUCAUUCAACACCAGCUCUGGAGAUGAAGUUACCUUUAAUGAUCAUGGAGAAUUAGAAGCUGGGUUUUCUGUUACCAACUUGGUCACCUUCCCAAAUAACUCCUAUGUUAGAGUCCAAGUGGGAAGGUUGAAUCCACAAGCUCCUCCAGGCCAAGAGCUGAUCAUCGAAGACAGCAAACUUGAGUGGCAUAAUAACUUGGCACAGGUACCUCCCAUCUCUCUGUGCAAUGACCACUGCCAUCCAGGUUACAGCAAGAAAAAGAAGGAGGGUGAGAAAUUUUGCUGCUACAAUUGUGCUCCUUGUCCAGAAGGGACGAUCUCAGAUCAGAAUGGUAAGAGAUACAUGGAUUAUUGUGUUAGGUGUCCAGAAGAUCAGUAUGCAAAUAAUGACCAAGAUCAAUGCCUUCCCAGGACCACAAGCUUCCUGUCUUUAGAAGAACCUUUGGGCAUCAUUUUAGCUUUCUUGGCACUUUCCUUUUCUCUGAUCACAGCUCUGGUCUUCAUCGUUUUUAUCAGGCACCGGGACACUCCUAUUGUCAAAGCCAACAACCGGACCCUCACCUACAUUCUCCUUGUCUCUCUCCUUCUUUGCUUCCUCUGCUCCUUGCUGUUCAUUGGACAGCCUACUAAGAUGACCUGCCUCCUCCAACAAACAGCUUUUGGCAUCGUCUUCUCAGUUGCUGUCUCUUCUGUUUUGGCCAAAACUAUCACCGUGGUGGUGGUAUUCAUGGCCUCCAAGCCAGGAAAUAAUUUCCGGAAAUGGAUGGGGAAAAGGUUUGCAGUUUCUGCUGUCGCUUUCUUCUCUCUUGUUCAAGUGGGCCUCUGUGCUGCAUGGCUGGGAACUUCCCCUCCAUUUCCUGACCUGGACAUGCAUUCACUGAGCAGAGAAACCAUAGUGCAAUGCAAUGAAGGUUCAGUGAUAUUGUUUUACUGUGUCUUGGGUUAUCUGGGCUUUCUAGCCAGCAUCAGCUUCACUGUGGCUUUCCUAGCCAGGAAGUUACCUGACAGUUUUAAUGAAGCCAAGUUUAUCAGUUUCAGCAUGUUGGUCUUUUGCAGCGUUUGGCUGUCCUUCAUUCCAACCUACCUGAGCACAAGAGGGAAAAAGAUGGUAGCUGUAGAGAUCUUCUCCAUCUUAGCUUCCAGCGCUGGGUUGCUGGGUUGCAUCUUUUCCCCCAAAUGCUUCAUAAUUCUGUUGAGGCCUAAUAUGAACAAAAAGGAAAAGUUAAUAAGGAAAAAAAACCCAGUAAGGUAUUGGUAG